CGCAAAUUACGCAAUAUUUCCUCAUCAGUUGGCGAAUCGAUUAAAUUUAUACUACAAAAAUGCCUACGACGUGUGCGUCCUGCAAUGAAAAUGCAAUUUUGAAAAGACCCAAAACGGGAGAUGCUCUGUGCAAGGAAUGUUUCUACUUUGCAUUUGAAGAGGAGAUUCACCACACCAUUGUGAAUGCUGACCUGUUACAGAGAGGGGAGACUAUUGCCAUUGGUGCAUCUGGCGGCAAAGACUCUACAGUUCUAGCAUAUAUGAUGAAGUUGCUCAAUGAUCGCUACGAUUACGGAGUGAACCUUGUCCUUCUGUCGGUGGACGAGGGAAUCACUGGCUACCGUGAUGACUCACUGGAGACUGUUAAAAGAAACCAAGUUCAGUAUGAUUUGCCGCUGAAGAUUAUAUCGUAUGAGGAACUGUAUGGAUGGACAAUGGACGCCAUUGUGAAGCAGAUUGGCCUGAAGAAUAAUUGUACAUUCUGUGGGGUGUUCAGACGCCAGGCACUGGACAGAGGAGCUCUGCUUCUCAAGGUGGACAAGAUUGCAACAGGUCACAAUGCAGAUGACAUUGCCGAGACUGUUAUCAUGAAUGUGUUGCGUGGUGACAUAGGAAGGCUACGUAGAUGUACUGCGAUCACAACAGGCACAGAUGGAGCAUUGCCACGCUGUAAGCCAUUCAAAUACACGUACGAGAAGGAGAUAGUAAUGUACGCCUACUUCAAGAACCUGGACUACUUCUCAACAGAGUGCAUCUAUUCACCAAAUGCUUACAGGGGUUUUGCUAGAGCGUACAUCAAAGAUGUAGAAAAGAUAAGACCGAGUGCAAUUAUAGACAUCAUCCACUCUGGAGAGAGUCUGUCUGUGAAGAAGGAGGUCCGGAUGCCGGUACAGGGUGUGUGUGAGAGGUGUGGGUACAUCUCCAGUAACCCAGUGUGUAAGGCUUGUGUCAUGUUGGAGGGACUCAACAAGGGCUUGCCACGCCUCGGCAUCGGCAAGACUCACAAGGAGAGACGCAAGAUGAACGAGAUGCUGUCUGAACAGGGUGACUCAUCAGCUUCUAGUUCAUUGUCAGACAUGUCAUCUCUUGGAGAGUCAUUGUCUAACAAGCCUUGUGAUAGGUCAGGAUGUGCUUGUUUGAACAAAUCCGCCCAAUCAGUGACAGUUUUACAAACUGACCAAUCAGGGAACAAUAUAAGAGACAGAGCUGGCCAAUUAAGAUGUUGCUCUGGAGAUAACCAAUCAGGAUGCUGCAGAAACAGCCAACCAGCAACUGGAGAAAAAACAGUGCUUGAGAAACUGUCAAUAUUUAACAAGGCAAAGAAACCAGUUAUAGACUUUUAAAGGCUAGUCACUUCCAGCAUGUUUUCAUUGUUUGUAUGAUUUUGUUCAGUAUGUGUUGAUUUUCAUGCAUAAGCUUGGUUAUUUCAUUGUUUUCAAUAACAAAAAUAUGUUUUAAUGAUUCCCUUCCUUUAAAUAUUUUUGACCACUGUGAUCUUGUUAAGUUUUGAAUAAAUUCGAUAAGUUGUCAUGACUUUAAAUUACACUAGCUCAUUUAUUGAUCUGUGUUGAAAAUGUGAAUAAAGCAUCAAAAGCAAUUUUUGAUGGUGAUUAGUCUUUGACCAUAUAUUGAGAAUGAUCAACUUAAGUUGGGCAAUAGGGACCACUUAAAAAAUGUGAGUGCCCUAGAGUAAUCACUUUUUUCGUUUGUCCGUCUGUUCAUCUACACCAACAUUAACUCAAAUAAAACCUGUAGUCUAGUGUAAGUGAAAACCAUGGUGGAACAAUCGUAAUUUAUGUUGGCAAACUGAAAAUGGUCAAAUUUACAGUAUAAAUAGGCAGGAUUUAAUUAAACCGAAGAAAUUUAAAUAAUUUAUUGUUUCUUGUCCCCAUAUUUACAUUCUUUUUCAGUAUUUUUAAAACUGGAUAUAAACUUCUCCAUUGUUAAAUAUGUUUGAAUUGGAAUCUGGCAAAAACAAGAAUGAAUUUUAGGUGCAUAUUUUCACAAAUAUCCAUGGAUGUGAUUUGUCCGCAGAAUCGCGGAUCUUAUGGCUUCAGGGACUAAAAAAAAUAAUGUACUAGUAUAUAUACAUAUAUUAUUUUUUUAACUGAUUAAAAAAGUUAACUGGUUGCUUUUGGUUGUUACAUGUAUUGCUUUUGAUUGUUAAAUUGUAGUUAGUAUUGACACUCCAGUAAUGUUCUAAGUUGAAGUCAGGAGUCCUGAAAAUGACUUCCCAAAAAAGCCAGUUUUGCUACUGUCACAGGGUUCUUUACCCACUGGGAGCCUUAAUUGCCCCCAAAACCCAUCAGGAGGUCGUAAUCAACUCGCAUCGAUUUUUGCAGAUUCGGAUUAGCGAGGUUUUGCCAAAUGAAGUCGAAACUUCAAAAAUCAAUGAGAGUUGAAUACAUGACGUCAGGAUUAAAAUGCAGUUUAAUUACAUGUAUAACUGGUUCAAAUCACUAAGAAGACAAAUUGCAUAAUAAUAAAUUGCAUUUUAGUGACCCUUAAUUUUGCUCUGUUGACAUCUUUAUACAUCGCGCAAUGAUAUUUGUUAUGAUGUGACGUUAACAGAGUGGAAUACAGCCAUAUUGAACCCGAGAGGAAUACAGACAAGCACAUUUUGUGUCAUGUUUUGCCUGCAAAAUUAACAAAUUUAAGCCAGUUGACAAAAUUUGAACAAAUUUAACUUA